CCCUCAGCUGGGAUAUGAAAAGCUCUGUCAGCCCCCAGCUUUCCUCAGAAGCCCUCCUGCAAGACCAGAAACAUGAGCUGACUCUGCCUCUCCGUCACCCUUCUCGUCCUCCUGGUCACCCUGGUGACCUGCGCCCCGGGGGGUAAAUACAAGGGCCGUUUCAGAGACCAGGGACCCCAUCUCUGAGACUAUUCCUGGUCACUGCCUUGUGCCUGAAGCUCACUGUGGUGUAAUGAAAACAUCCAUAUUUGUUCUUGUCCUGGUUCCUGGCCCAGAUGUCCUGCCACCCUUGGAAUCUGCUGUCUUCUACCCACCGCCUGCCUUCUGCCUGGAGCCUCCCUACACUGGUCACUGCAUGGCCAUCUUUAUCAGGUACUUCUACAAUGCCAACUCCGGGCUCUGCGAGACCUUCGAAUAUGGCGGGUGUGGCGGCAUGCCGAACAACUUCCUGACAUCAGAGGACUGCAUGAGGACCUGUGGUGGUGCCAUCAGGCCCUGGAAGGACCAGUGAACCGUGCUCUCCCGACAUGCUGAAGUCCGAGGAGGAGCCACGCAGGGCUGGGCUGUGGCUGCUUCUGAAACAGUUCAACCUCCCCGGCUUCCUUCUCAACCCCACCCUCCUCAGCAGAACCCUGCCUCUUUCCUUCCCCCCAUGGGUCUACUUGCUUUAGCUCUGUCUCAUCCAGUCGGCUCUAAGCGCCAUGAGAGAAAGUCUUCCCUUUAUCCCUAGCACUUAGCACGGUUCCUGGCACAAAGGAGACCGUCCAUAAAUAUUUGAGGAAAGAAAGAAUGAAUGCAGGAGCACAUUCCUCAUGACUGGAGUGACUACGGGGCCUGGGAUUUGAAGCAAGUGUCCUAGUCCUAACCCUCAUCCUCGCUGCAUCCUCACCUUCAUCCCCCUCCCCACCAUCACUAUUCUCCUUGUGGGUAUCGUUGGUAUAAUUUCUGGAAUCUAGUUCUGAGAAUCAGUGAUGGCAGAGGUCUUUUCAUUAAAGAAGCCCCUUUCCCCCACCACGAUGUUGAACAUUUUCCUAUCUGUCAUUUAAAAUUCUACAUCCUUAUAAUCAAUAAAUUAAUCUCCUAAUUAAGC